AGGUGCUAACUAGCAAGGAGCGAGACGUUUGGGGAGCGGUUGUCAUGGACAUCGACACGCCGCGCCCUGGGGAAGGGGACGGGGCCUCUGCAUCGGCAUCGUUCGCAACGACAUCCGGGCCGAAGAUGCCUCCAACCGCGGAGAUACGCAGGGCUCUGCUGGGCGCAGUGGAGGAGCUGUCCAACCACGGCCUCAAGCUCGCCACGAAAUGGGCUACUGAGCAGCUGGUCGGUCUGCCUGACGAUGAGGCGCCCGACGACUUGCGGUACGCGGCGGAACCAAACCCAGCCACCCCUCAGAAGCAGGAAGGGGGGGCGAAUCUGCGGCUUCAGGGCCGCGUAGCGUUUGCGAAGUCCCUGAUGGAUGUCGGGGAAUUCGAGAGGGCGUCGCAGGCUUUCGGAAACAAGAGCUGGCCUGCUGCAGCGGCGGCAGGCUCCGUUCCGGGCGGCCUCUACUCCCGAGCCCGGUUCCUUGGGUGGUACUCCCUCUUCCUUGCCGGUGAAAGGCGGCGCGAGGAGGAGUCGCAACUGACCGACGCUCUUCAGCGGCGAAGACUGGUCAACCCGCACCUCAAGACGCUCCACGCAGAACUGUCGCAGUGCGAUCAGGCCGGGACUCUCGAUGCCUUCGGCCUAUACAUAUACGCCGCCGUCCUCAAGGCCCUGCGAGAGGAAGGGCGUGGGGGUGCAGGGGGCACGGGAGGAAAUACCCCAACCCCUACAACGCCUCACUCAAGCGGUGGUGGCGGCGGUGCAAAUUCUCUUGGUGGGAGUGGCGGUGGAGCUUUCGUGACGCCGAGAGCACGAGCUCCAUCGGGCGGCAGGGGUGACGCGACCGGAGGAGGGGGAGGAACGACGUCAACCGAGAAGACCGCGGUGACGACUGCGACAGCCCAGGAGGUUUUGGCUCGGUCUUUGCGGCUGUUCCCGUACAACUGGUCCGCUUGGCUGGACCUUGCAUCCCUGUGUCUCGAGACCGACACGUUCUUUCUGCAACACCUUCUGGUUGAGCAACACCUCUCCAAGGAUGCGCUCGCCAUCCUCGACGACUUGGAGCCGUCUUUCCCUUGCAGCUCCUACGUCCUGUCGCAGACGGCGGUCGCCCACUACCACCUGAGGAAUUUCGACCAGGGCCACGAUGACUUCAAGGAGCUUCGAAGGCGGGAUCCCCUGCGGAUGGAGGGACUCGACGUGUUUUCCAAUAUCCUGUACGUGAAAGAGUGCAAGGCAGAGCUGUCCUUCCUCGCCCACACCACCAACAAGAGCGCGCCGCUACGUCCAGAGACGAACUGCAUCAUAGGGAACUACUACAGUCUCAAGGGGCAACACGAGAAGGCGGUGACGUAUUUCCUCAAGGCUCUCCGACUGGACCGACGAUGCCUUUCGGCCUGGACGCUCAUGGGGCACGAGUUCAUAGAGCUCAAGAACUCUGGGGCUGCCGUCGAAUCCUACCGUCAGGCCGUAGACAUCAACCCAAAGGACUACCGGGCAUGGUACGGCCUAGGGCAGGCGUACGAGAUCCUCCACAUGCACCUCUACGCUAUCUACUACUACAAAAGGGCUACGGCACUCAGGCCAUACGACGCCCGAAUGUGGAUCGCAAUGGGGCAGUGCCUCGAGAAGCUCGGCAAGAGCGCCGAAGCCAUCAGCACCUACGAAAGGGCUAUGGCGAACGAUGACCGAGAGGGUAUCGCCCUCGCACAGCUCGCCAAGCUGUACGACGGUGCGGGCCGGAAGGACUCGGCCGCCAAGUGCUACGAGACCAUGCUGGCCAACAGAUCGGCAGAUGGCGACAACUCGUCUGCCGAAGAAGGGAUGCAUUUCCUGUGUCUCUACUACAAGAACAAGGGCGACUACACCAGGGCAUCCAAGAUGGCGAACGGUCUCCUGGACUACACGGGAACGUCGCGUGAGGCAGCACUGGCGGUUCUGAGAGAAAUCCGAAGCAUAAUGGAAACCCGGCAACACCAAGCCGCCGAGUCUUCCGCCCUACCUCAGCCCCACAACGCCAACAACAGCCACGACGACGUCUCCCUUGACGGGGGCAGCGGACGGCCCCUCUUCACGCCGAGGGCGGCGACAGGGUCAUCUCACCACGACGGUAGCGGAGCGGGCGGCAGUCAGCUGUUCAACGCCAACAACAGCGGCCUUGGUGGUAGCGUUCGUGGUGCAACAAGAGCAGCAGCGGGCACUUUCCCCACCCCGACCCCUCGUAGACCCGGCAGGGUCCGCAACGGGGUUUCACCAGGAACAGGCGGAGGCGGCGGGGGAGCCGCGGGAGGCGGGGCCGGAUCAGGGACUCCAGGCUAUCGGCUGAUGGGCAACAGCGGAGGGGGGACUUCUUUGGCGCCACGGUCCCCGGAAGACAUGAGCGUCGCGAUGAGCCUUGGGUCUUCAGACGAAGACGACGACGGAGGGGCGUUGGCCCGAUAUUCGCCGGGCAUAGCGACGCCGGUCGCGACUGGCCAUGGUGGUGCGGGUGCCGGGCAUGAUGGGUCGCCUGAGGCGGGCGGAGACGGGCAGGGCGAGGAGUCUUUGAGCGAUAUCCUGUCCCCAUGACGGCGCCCGGACCUCGAUCGUUUCUAAUGUUUCCAAUGGAUCGGCCCGUAGCGUUGGGUUUCGGUGACUAUUAGGGUGAUGGCCCGCCCGGGGACCACAAGCUAAACGCCUCUUUCCCCCCCCUGAUGCAUUCGAUAUUAUUUCUUCGGGUCGAGAUAGUGCGUGGUGCACCGAAGGGAGAGAGGGACGUACAGGGGACGAGAAGCCGUUCGAGCUAUUCUUGGUUUGAUCCUUUGUUUACCUAAUAUCAAAGUAGGUGCCGAAGUGGAGAUGAAAACGAUGGAGAACGGCU